UCCCUUUGACUGGAUUUGAGGCGAGCCGAGUAAAAUCGGGCCAGUGAGCAAAAGUGCAGCAGCAGGAGAAGCAGGAGCAGGCGAGAAUUUGAUCGCAUUCGGACCUCGCUGCUGCCAUCGCUUUCUGAAGAGUGAGUGAUUGAGUGAGUGAGUGCGCCCGGAGGUCAUGGCUUCUGCAGUUGCGCACUCCAUAACUGCGCCGACAUGUUUUGCGCCGAAGCAAUCUGUGGCAGCGCGGAGCGCCGUCGCCAGGAGGUGCCGAGUGUCGUGCAUCGCCGAGCCUCCCAGCGUGAAAGCGUCCACUCCGACGCCCACAAUUGAGGAGAGUGAGGCUGCCGUAGUGGCGGGCAAUGCACCAUGGGCUCCCCCGCCUGCUGCUAAACCCCAAGCGCCUGCCGGCACCCCGUCUGUCUCCACUCUGCAUUUGCCAUCAAGGCCCAGGAGGAAUCGAAAAUCUCUGGCCUUGCGGAACGCCUUCCAGGAGACAGUAAUUACUCCUGCCAAUUUUAUUCUACCCUUGUUUGUGCAUGAAGGCGAAAAGAAUUCUCCAAUUGGAGCUAUGCCCGGUUGCCAAAGACUAGGUUGGCGUCAUGGUCUCAUUGAGGAGGUCUACAAGGCGAGGGAUGUUGGCGUCAACAGCGUGGUCCUCUUUCCCAAGGUCCCAGAUGCAUUGAAGUCAGCCACCGCCGACGAGUGCUACAACGAGGACGGUCUGGUGCACAGAUCCAUUCGGCUGCUGAAGGACAAGUUCCCCGAUCUGGUCAUCUACACCGAUGUCGCUCUGGAUCCUUACAACUCUGAUGGACAUGAUGGAAUCUGCCGAGAAGAUGGUGUCAUAAUGAACGAUGAAACUGUACACCAACUGUGCAAGCAAGCCGUCUCUCAGGCACGAGCUGGGGCAGAUGUUGUAAGUCCGAGUGAUAUGAUGGAUGGACGUAUUGGUGCUAUUCGAACGGCUCUAGAUGCAGAGGGUUUCACGGAUGUGUCAAUCAUGGCUUACACGGCCAAAUAUGCCAGUGCCUUCUAUGGACCAUUCAGAGAAGCUCUUGACUCCAACCCUCGUUUCGGGGACAAAAAGACGUAUCAAAUGAACCCAGGAAACUACAGAGAGGCGCUCAUCGAAACUCGUGCUGAUGAGCGUGAAGGAGCUGAUAUUCUUAUGGUGAAGCCAGCUAUGCCUUACUUGGAUGUCAUUCGACUGCUGAGGGACAGUUCUCCACUCCCAAUCUCGGCUUAUCAGGUAUCAGGUGAAUAUUCUAUGAUCAAGGCAGCUUCCGCAGCUGGUAUGCUAGAUGAGAGAAAAGCAAUUUUGGAGUCUCUACUUUGCAUCAAGCGAGCCGGAGCCGAUGUUAUUCUAACUUACUUCGCCCUUCAAGCAGCAAGAUACCUGUGUGGAGAAGAAUAAAUGUACGUAAACGAAGACGCUGUUCAUUCAUUACUCUCAGCAGACCUGUUACACAUCUAAGCUGACGUUUGAUACGAAGUGAAAAGCAUUCACUUGAGGAAGAAAUGUACGUUGAGAGCAAACUUGGAUCUCUGCCCCAAUUUGUCUUCUGACAGCGAAUAUAGGCCCGAUUUUAGUAGUUACAGUUUAAAGAGGAAACACUUUGUACAAAUUGAAAGCUGUGUCUGUGAGUUGGUUGAAGCUAUCUCCAAAUUUAUUGUAUUACUAUGUGGCUUAGCGAACG